AUGUCCCACAUCCUCACCAAAACAGCAAAGUCCGCCCUCUUCGGCGUCCUCCUCACAACCGGUAUCUGGACCGCAGCAGUAUACCACCAAUCCUCAAAAGUCGACCGCCGCAAGAUCGCCACUUCAGACGCCGUCUCCAAAGCUUUUCGAGACUCGCCUGCUCACAGACUGGUGAACCCCAAGCAAGUGCGCCACACAUCUGACAGCCGUACCAUCACACUUCAUGUCUCCUCGAAAGAAGUCGUUGAUCGCCCGCGAGUUCUGGCCUGGAUGUUGAAUGGGUUUUUCCAGAGUUGGAUAUUCGCGCCGGAGGCUCUUGCAUUUCGCGUGUUCUUUAAUACUACUGGGAGGGUUAUGACUCAUUUGUCUGGACUCCCCGAGCACCUCCCGCCACCGAUCUGGUACAGCACCCAACUCUCAGACUCCUCUCUUCCACCGCGCAACUCUCUUCUCUUCGGCACCUUCCAAGUCGCAGAUAUCUGGACGGCCGAGACCGAUGGCGAAGAAGAAUGCGGCGUCGACAUCGCCUUUGGCUCGGACAAGGGAACGUUCGCGGGAUAUCACCGGUUAAGCGUCGCAACCCUGAAAGAGGAUGGAGAGUCGUAUUUGCGGUUGACAUUUGCCUGCAUGACCUGCAAUCCUGCAGGUGAUAAGUCUUGGGUCGAGACUUUUGGCUUCAUGUUGGUGUUUCAUAAGAUAUACGCGGAGAUUUUGUUUAGAGCCGCCGCGGGCAAUGUUGUGAGGAAUCUGGAAUCAAGGGGUGCGAGAGUGCUACUCGUGUCGAGUAACGAGUAA